CGUUUGCUAGGGCUUUUGGCUUGCUUGGACGAUGGCGUUCCGCUCCACGGCUGCGAGGUUCCAGCAGGUGAUCACCACCGCCGCCAAGACCCCCGCUAAGAAAUCGCUCGCGGAUGCGAAGAAGAUGGCGUCCUUCUCCAAGAAGAACGCUCCCGCGGACUGGGUCCAGCGAUCCGACCACCACCUCAUCACCAUCGACAUGCCAGGAUUGUCUCACGAGGAUUUCAAGAUCACCACGGAUGCCAACGAGAUAACCAUCAAAACCAAGGAGCGCGAGAGGGUGGAGCUCGAGGAUGAUAAGUGGCACGCCAAGGAGCGCUACGUUGGCACCGUGGUUCGCAAGUUUGAGUUCCCUGACGGCGCCAAGCUGAGCAAGGAGGACGUGGAGGCUGUGUUUGACAAUGGCGUGCUCACGCUCAAGGUUCCCACGGAUCCGGAGAAGCCGAAAGAGACCAUCACGAUCAAGCCUGGCAACUGAUUUUGUCAAUCUCUCAAAGAAAAAAGAAUGACCUUAGCUUUGAUCGAUUUGAUCAGAGUUUCAUAGUUGUUAAUGUCAACAGUGAUAAACCCUACUGCUAUGACGAGGAGAAUGGCUGCCAUGUUUUCAUUGAGGACCAAUUUCCUUGGCGGCCCUUCUCCGCGGCUCAAGCCAUCGAUUGCUACUACUGCUACAACGCUGAGCACUGUGAGAGCGCUUGCUUCUUCUUCCUCUUCUUCUCAAGCUUCUGGGAGCAACCAGCAUUUGAAACUGGGAUUCCUGGGACUUGGAAUCAUGGGCACAGCAAUGGCAAGAAAUCUCGUAAAAGCCGGCUACGAUGUCACCGUUUGGAACAGAUCUGCGAGUAAAUGCGAAGCUUUAGUGAGCGAAGGAGCAAGACGAGGUUCCACACCAAAGAAUGUCACCGAAAUGUGCGACGUCACGUUUGCGAUGCUUGCUGAUCCAGUUGCAGCACUCGAAGUUGCUCUUGGGAGUGAUGGUGCUCUUGGAGGGUUGGGCUCGGGGAAAGGAUAUGUUGAUGUAUCAACCGUCGAUGCCGGGACAACUAAAACUGUAUGCGAGGCAGUGAAAUCUUCAGGCUCUCUCUUCUUGGAGGCGCCAGUCUCGGGAUCCAAGAAGCCAGCCGAAGAAGGAAAACUUAUUUUUUUAGCUGCUGGAGACAAGGAGUUGUAUGAUACAGUAGUACCGAUGCUAGACGUGAUGGGCAAGUCGCGGUUUUACUUGGGAGCUCCUGGAAACGGAGCUGCAAUGAAAAUUGUUGUUAACAUGAUCAUGGGAAGCAUGAUGGCAAGCUUUGCCGAGGGUCUGAUUCUUGGAGACAAAGCUGGCCUUGAUCCUCAAACUAUACUAGAGGUUCUAUCCCAAGGUGCUAUUAACAAUCCAAUGUUCUCCCUAAAAGGUCCAACAAUGUUAGCAAGGAACUACGCUCCAGCUUUUCCUUUAAAACACCAGCAAAAGGACUUGAGAUUGGCAUUGGACAUGUCUGAUAAGCUUUUGCAAAACAUCCCAAUUGCUGCAGCGGCAAAUGAAGUGUACAAGGUUGCUAAAGGUAAUGGUUUGGGUGAUGAUGAUUUCUCUGCUGUUAUUGAGGCCUUUAGAAAUAAAUGAGGUAUUUUUUAUAAGAAUU